UCCUCUCUACCUUCCUAUUCUCAGACACUGUGAGUCUGAGCUUAUUAUUAGCCUCAGCAGGACUAGAGAAGCAUCCGAAGGGCCAGAGGCCAUGCAUAACUGAUGGAGCAGAGUCAAUAACUAAACCAAAAACAGUGACCAAUGAGAACGCUUUGAGAAAUAUGUUAAGCUUAAUCCAGCCUGUGAAUCUUUGGCUUCUGUCAUGCAAUUUGCAACUGUGGCACGGAGGAUCUCAGACCUUUGGGUAUAGAGGUAACUCUGUGCCAUGCUUGAACUUGUAAAAGUCUAAUGGUACAGUAUGUACGAUGUCACAGAUAAAGUUUAGGGUUGUUCUCCUGGUCCUGCUCCUGCUCCUGCUCUUGGUUGUCAGAUGUGUUGCAGAGGAAUCGGCACCAAGUAAAGGCUGCGUUUGUGGGUAUCCUGGAAUACCAGGCGAUCCUGGUCACAAUGGUUCGCCGGGCAGAGACGGCAGAGAUGGACUCAGAGGAGACAAAGGAGACCAAGGUGAAGUUGGGCGUCCUGGACCUGCAGGUACUGAUGGCCUUAAGGGAGACAAAGGAGACACUGGUACAAGCGGUCAAAUUGGGCCUAAAGGAAAAAAAGGAGAUAAUGCAGAAAGGGGACCUCCUGGGAAAAUGGGGCCCCAAGGAAUACAGGGGCCAACUGGUCCAAUGGGAAGUAAAGGAGAACUUGGUAUGCCAGGACCCCAAGGACCUAAAGGUGAUUUAGGGCCUCCGGGACCACAUGGUCCAAAGGGUGAAGUUGGCCUUCGAGGUGACAGAGGUAUUCAAGGCCCACUGGGCCCCCCUGGGAAGCCAGGCCUCAAGGGAGAAAUUGGUUUUCCAGGUCCCAAAGGGAGCAUUGGUUACCGUGGGGAGCGGGGCGCUCGGGGGGAGAAGGGUGAUAGCGGUGAUAAGGGAGAGUCUCCUGUCAUCCCCAAAAGUGCCUUCUCUGUGGGACUCACAGCACGUAGUAAACUUCCACCAGCCAACACGCCGAUCCGGUUUGACAAGAUCAUUUACAACCAACAAAACCACUACGACCCACAGACAGGGAGAUUCACGUGCCCCGUGGCAGGAGCCUACUUCUUCACCUAUCACAUCACCGUCUUCUCCAGAAACGUGAAAGUGGCCUUAGUGAAGAACGGGGCAAAAAUCAUCCACACCACGGACAACUACCAGACCAGCGAGGAUCAGGCAGCAGGGGGCGCUGUGCUGCACCUGGAUGUGGGGGACAGAGUGUGGCUGCAGGUAGUUGGAGGAGAGCUGUUUAACGGGCUUUUUGCUGAUGAAGAUGAUGACACUACCUUCUCUGGGUUCAUAAUCUUUGGAGCCUAAUAAAAGAUCUUUAAGGAAUGAUGGAAAAUCUAUGAUAUUAUGAAACAAAUCAAUUUCACAACAAGGCAACUCAACAACUGUAUAGAGGAGACUUCCAGCUAAAUUCAGUCUCAUUUUAAUCUAGUUAUCGGGUAAAAUAUUUUCAAUUUAAAAUUGGUUUAUAGUUGAAACCACAUAUAAAUUAAUUAACAUGAAAUCUCAACAGGUCCAGAUCCAAUCACUCAAAUCUGUUUUAAAGAUGGCACUUCACUGUUUCGUAUAUUUGCCUGAUCCCCUCUAUUAUUUUAAACAGGAAAUUAUGUUUUCUGCUAAACAAAAUCUAAUGUGUUACAAAUGAGAAGUAAAUGUGAAACUUUUCUCAGGUUUUACCAACUAAAAGUGUGCUAAAACAGAAAAAGCAAUGUUUAAAACUGUUUUUGAAUUGAAAUCAUUCUUCAAAGAAAAUACAAGUUAGAUUUAAACAUAAUAGUGUUAUUUUUCUAAUCUAAAAUUGCAAAUAAAAUACUUUCAAUAUA